AUGAUGAGCUACCAUGACAACAGUUUCGAGGACCGUCGAUUCAUGGUUCGGUGCUGUAGAGUGUCCGGAUCGCCCACAAGGGACUGCUAUAAAACCUCGUUCGUCAAUGACUGGGACGGAGAAAUGGACUUCCAUGUUCCCGUUGGGCAGGCUAUUAAAGGAGCUUACAGCGUCCAUGACAACGAAAAGGAGGAUCGUCGAUGGCGGUUCUACCUGUGUAAUUUUGUCUGA